GGGCGUCAUGCAAAUAAACAAACCCCAUAAUUAGCACCGCAUGCAAUGCAUGAACUACUAUUAAAAAACUUCCGCAAACUCUGCUCGCCUCGAUUGCCCCUGUUGUUUGUUUUGGGUGAGAGAACCCAACCAAAGAAACCAUUCUCUCUCUCUCUCUCUCUCUCUCUCUCUCUCUCUCUCUCUCUCCAUUUCUUCACAGGGUUUCGUUCUCCUUCUAAAUGGCGGAUUUGGAGGAAUCCAGCCCCCUUCUAGGACCUCAAUCAGACGCACCACACCAUGACAAGGAGAAGGAACCCAGGAAAACCGCCUCCGCUCCUCCUCCUCCUCCCCCGCCUGCCGUUUCUGUUACGAUAAAACAGUCUCCUUCACCGCCUCCGCUCCCGCCAAAGGGACCUUUCGGCCCCACCUACGGGUGGAUGGCGGAUGGAGUGCCGCUUGGGCGGGGCAGCGCCGUGGGGGAGCCAGUGUGUCGGGCCGGGUGGAGCUCCGGCCUCUUCGAUUGCCUUGGACGUAACGAUGAGUUCUGUAGCAGCGAUGUCGAAGUUUGCCUCCUUGGAAGUGUGGCUCCGUGUGUCCUGUAUGGAAGCAAUGUUGAGAGACUUGGCUCUGUUCCUGGGACUUUUUCCAGUCACUGCUUGCGUUACGCUGGUGCAUACUUGAUUGGGAACUCCUUGUUUGGCGCGAAUGUUUUGGCACCCUGGUUUUCAUACCCCAGCCGUACUGCUAUACGCCACACAUUUAACAAACAGGGCAGCUGCGGAAGUUUUGUGGAUGAUGAGGAAUGUGAGUCGUUAUGCGACAGGGCAACUCAUAUCUUCUGUCAUGCGUGUGCGCUUUGCCAGGAAGCUCGCGAGCUUCGUCGUAGGCUUCCCCAUCCUGGGUUUAAGGACCAACCUCGAGUCUUGGUUAUGUUCCCACCUGGAGGUCAGGCCAUGGGCCGUGAUGGGGUCUGAGAGGCUUCUGCCUCAGCAUUGGCAGUUCUCAGAUUGCCCACUAUAUAU